GUAGAGGUUGACAUGGCUCAUGUGCGCGUAUCACGGACUAGUGGUGCAAUUUUAUUGUUGUUUCUUAUACAAAAUACGCUCGCCGUCUCCCCGCCAUGGAUAUUAUCUGUCGAUGUGAAAAAUUACACGUGUUCUGAAAUCGUAUGUGAUUAUUUGUUGCGUGUGAACGGGGAGUUUCGUUCUUGGUCGUUAACCUCUGAGCCGGGCGAUUUGUGUAUUUAUAUUUCAAACAUAAAUCCUGUCGGUAAUGAUGUUAAAUUACAAGUUGAUAAGUCUAAAACGUUGUACUUCUGUGCGGAAGGUGAUGAUGGUGGAUGGUACCAGCAGGAGUUCUAUUUGGGUGGCAGUGACGUCAUCUCGCGUAAGGAACGGUUAUCGGACAAUGAAAUCGAAGACACGCUCCGUGGAGAGGUAGACGAUCUUGUGGAAGAUGAUAAAACAAAGACAUUUUACAGAGAUUUAGCUGUGAACAAAUACGGCGAUGAGGCCGAAGAUGUGGUCGUCGAAACGUUCUCCUACGAGAAUCCUAAUGAAAAAUUCUCUAGGAUCAGAAGACAAGCUGAAGAAGAUGUGAAUGCAACGACACCGGAAUUAGAGACUACAUCAGAAUCAAGUUUGGGUGAGAAAGUGAAAGCUGUUAGUAAUGCUACAAUUAAAGUGAUGGGCUUGAGAAUUGAGGAGUCCAAAAAGGAACCGAAGAUCGUUGACGAGAUGAUACCAAGUGUUCUCAGAGAGACUCUCUUCACGAUGAGGCUGUUCGGUGAAGGGUUCACUGAUGAAACUGUUAUAGCGUUCACUCACGUGCCUGAAAACUACGGGACACCUUGCCAUUUCCUCCUGAAUGGAGAGUAUAAGGUUAAAUUAGCGGAUACGAACUCAGCACUCUUCGAGUUGAUGGCACCACCUCCACUGGAGGAUUACAAAUUUUAUAUAUGUGCGAAGAGAUCGCCUACCGAAGAUUUUGUGCACCAGGGUAAGGAGAAGUGGAAAAUUUUGGGUACCCACAACAAGCUGUUACCUCUAUGGGCUUCCCUGAUUUUAAUUGUCAUUUUACUGAUGCUGGCUUCGCUUUUCUCUGGUUUGAAUCUUGGUCUGAUGGCACUGGAUAGGACUGAGUUGAAGAUUAUAGCGAAUACGGGAACGGAUAAGGAGAGGAAGUACGCAAGAGCGAUCAUGCCUGUACGAUCUCAUGGGAACUACCUUCUUUGUACGAUUCUGCUCAGCAACGUCGCCGUGAACAGUACAUUUACUGUAAUUUUGGACGAUUUAACAUCUGGUCUGGUCGCUGUUAUUGGUUCGACUUUGGCGAUUGUGUUCAUCGCAGAGAUCACGCCGCAGGCGAUAUGCGCGAGGCACGGGUUGCUGGUCGGUGCGAAGAGUAUCUGGAUAAUGAAGAUUGUGAUGGGUAUAUGCGCUCCACUAGCUUGGCCGACCAGUAAACUUUUGGACUACUUCCUCGGCGAGGAAAUCGGUACCCACUACAACAGGGAAAGACUAAAGGAACUUGUUAAAGUAACUAACCACGUGAACGACUUAGAUAAGGAAGAAGUGAACAUCAUUUCUGGUGCUCUCGACCUUCGCAAGAAAACAGUGAAGGACGUGAUGACGAAGCUCAAGGAUGUUUACAUGUUGCCCCUCAACAGCGUGAUGGAUUUCGAAACAUUGACCGAGAUCGUCAAAUCUGGUUACUCCCGCAUCCCGGUGUACGAGGGAAACCGCGGUAACAUAGUGACAGUGCUGUUCAUCAAGGACCUGGCCUUCGUCGACCCCGACGACAACACGCCGCUGAGGACCCUCUGCCAGUACUACCAGAACCCGUGCAACUUCGUCUUCGAGGAUGUCACCCUGGAUGUGAUGCUACGGCAGUUUAAAGAAGGUCACAAGGGACAUAUGGCAUUCGUCCAACGUAUAGAGGAAGGCGACGGUGACCCAGUAUACGAAACGAUAGGUCUGCUCACGUUGGAGGACGUCAUUGAAGAGAUGAUUCAAGCCGAGAUUGUUGACGAGAGUGACGUCAUCAGCGACAACCGCACCAAGAAGCGCCUGAUGCGGCCCAUGAACAAGCUGCACGACAUCGCGUCGUUCGCCGGCCACCAGCACCAGCGCGUGCACGUGUCGCCGCAGCUCGUGCUCGCCACCUUCCAGUUCCUCAGCACCAGUGUCGAUCCGUUCCGAGCGGACAUGAUCUCCGAGACGGUGCUCCGUCGUCUGCUCAAGCAGGACGUCAUCCAGCACAUCAAGCUCCGAGGCGACGAGGACAAGAACGAUCCCAAGAGAUACGUCUUCCAGGAGGGAAAAUCGGUGGACUACUUCGUGCUGAUCCUAGAGGGUCGUGUGGAGGUGACAGUGGGGCGUGAGAACCUGGUGUUCGAAGCGGGACCAUUCACAUACUUUGGAGUGCAGGCGUUGACACAGAAUGUCGGCCUUGCCGAGUCGCCCGCGCCGUCCACGCUGGGCUCGCUGCAGAACCUGAACAUGGACUCCAUGCUGCGCCACACCUUCGUGCCGGACUACUCCGUGCGCGCCAUCGCUGAGCUGUACUACCUCACCAUUAAGAGAUCAAUGUACUUAGCGGCGAAGCGCGCUACGUUGAUGGAGAAGGGCGCACUCAACAAGGGGGGGACGAACGAGCAAAUCGAACCGGAAGUCGAUAAGCUACUCCGAGAAGGCGACAAACUCGAUGAAAUCGUUGAAAAUCAAAAUGAAAAAUCUCCGUCUAAACUGUCAACACCAAUGUCAGCCAGCCCUCACACUAACUCCACCUUCAAAGCUCGCGGCAAGUUUGAACAAAAUCCCGAAGAAGAAAAACUUCUGAAGAAGUAAAACUACAAAAAUAUUAGAAGACGACAGGCAACACUGCCAUAACUAACAUUUAUGACAAUUUCGCGGUGAAAGCUUAAUUUCGUAUAAAAUAUUUUUCAAUUUUACGUAAGUUAAAGAUUUUUUUUUCUGUUAGUAUUUAAUAUGCAUUUGUUGCGUUAACAAUCUAGAUUUAGACGUAGGUUUAGGAGAUUACAGUACUUAUUUCGCGUUUUUUUAUAUUUAUAUAUAUGGCAAUACUCGUUUGCCUCUGUUUGCUAGAGACGUAUUUGCGUUUUUAUAAUCUAUAAAUUUAAUUAAAUCACACGUUAUUAUAAUAUAUUUUAAAUAUUUUUGAAGUGUUGUAUAUAAAGCCAGUACACGUUGGGUCAGUGUGUUAAUAAUCAAUUGGUUACAUGUUGGCGUGUUGGUCAUUUGUCAUUGGCCUUAUUCUUUUGAACUACAACCGCCGAAUUAUUACUACAGCGCGUACUUUUAUUACGAGAAGUAAAAAAAUGCGAAUCCAAGCAUAAAGUUUAUAAUAAAAAUAAUUUUAUGUUAAAUUCUGUAUUUAGCAACAUUUUAUAUCUAUUGCAUACUAUUGCAUACUGCCAGCAUUACUUAAAUACGUAAUAAUUAUAUUGUAUUAUUAUAAUAAUUUUAAAUAAACUCUUGAACAAUACAGCUAAUCCUAAAUAUUUGGCCAAAAUGUGAAUGCUGUCGUAGAGCGUUAAGAUUAUUUGAAGUUUGCCCAAAAAUGGCUGGUCGGCCAAAGCUCACCGCCAAUGACAAAAAGUUGUUCCAACGUGUACCAGGCACGUUACAAGAAUUUAGUUGUUUUUUAUUAUUAAUAGAUACAAAUUUUUAUAUAUGUCAAAAAAAUUUAUUAUUUUUGAUGAAAACGCAAAAUGUCACUACAUCCCUAUUUACGUGUUUAUUUACAUUUUUAUAUAAUUGUUAUUUACGCAAUUUAUAUAGUAUAUAAAAUAAUUAUAGUAUAUGAAUGUUAUUAUAGAUUAUACAAAAAAUAUUCAAUCGUACAAAUUCCAUCCAUAUUUAAAUUUGUCAUCCAUUCAUUCAUUUUUUAAAUGCCGUUGCUUUUUUAUAACCUGUGUUUUAGUAUUCUAUGCCUCGCGUUAUAAUCACAGAGUGAUUUAAAAAAUUGUGCAAUUCUAGAUAAAUCUAUUUUUAUCAAAACAUUUAAAAGCAUCAUUAUUACUAUAAAUAAUUGUUAAUUAUUUUAUAGAAUAGAGUAAAUUAUCUAAUGUCUGAAUGCACUGUGUUCCUUGUUCAAAUUGUGCCUUAUUAUAUUAAAAAACAGGUGCUUUUCCGUUAAAAAUCCAACAAACAACUUACCUACUAAGUAUUUUUUUAACCUUUUAUGAGUAAUCGUAGUUUUAUGGCAACAUUAAUUGACAGCGUGACAGCUGUCAAUGUAAUUUAAAUUUCGAAUAUUUUAAACUUUAACAUUCGUAUUUUAACGUAAUUUAAAAGGUGUUUAAAUAUAUUUAUUAUGUACCAAAUAUACUGUUUUACAAUGUCACAUUUAUAAUAAAUAUAUAUA